AUGACCGUUGAAGAAUUUUCAAAUGAACCUAAUCUUAAAAGAAGAGGUCGAGGAUAUUUCAUGGAAUUUAAUAAUACCACACAAACUGAAGUUUAUGACGGAUUUUUAAAUUGCUUAAAAUGGAUCAAUGGAACAAUGAAUAAUCCAAAAAUAUUCAUAGCAGAAAACGGAUUUCCCGAGGAAGAUGGCAUUGAUGAAAAUGAAAAAAAAUUGCUUACCAUACUGGUAUUCUAA